UGGUGGUCCCAUGUGGAGAUGGGUCCCCCCGACCCUAUCCUGGGGGUGACAGAAGCUUUCAAGCGCGACACCAACUCCAAGAAGAUGAACCUGGGUGUGGGGGCGUACCGGGAUGACAACGGGAAGCCGUACGUCCUGAACUGUGUUCGCAAGGCGGAGGCCAUGAUAGCAUCCAAGAAGAUGGACAAGGAGUACUUGCCCAUCGGGGGGCUCGCAGAUUUCACCCGGGCAUCUGCAGAACUGGCUCUGGGUGAAAACAGUGAGGCUUUCAAGAGCGGACGGUAUGUCACUGUGCAGGGUAUUUCUGGGACUGGAUCUCUGCGAAUUGGAGCCAAUUUUUUGCAACGGUUCUUCAAGGCUAGCCGUGAUGUGUAUCUACCCAAACCGUCUUGGGGCAAUCACACACCCAUUUUCCGUGAUGCUGGCCUGCAACUUCAGGCUUACCGCUACUAUGACCCCAAGACAUGCAGCCUUGACUUCUCUGGAGCCAUGGAUGACAUUUCCAAAAUUCCAGAGAAGAGCAUCAUCCUCUUGCAUGCUUGUGCUCACAACCCCACCGGGGUGGAUCCCCGGCAGGAGCAAUGGAAGGAGUUGGCGGCUGUGGUGAAGAAAAGGAACCUUCUCGUGUACUUUGACAUGGCCUACCAGGGCUUUGCCAGUGGGGACAUCAACCGGGAUGCAUGGGCUGUGCGAUAUUUCAUCGAGCAGGGCAUCAACAUCGUCUUGGCACAGUCCUACGCCAAGAACAUGGGGCUGUACGGAGAGCGUGCGGGUGCCUUCACGGUGAUCUGCAGUGAUGCAGAGGAAGCCAAGAGGGUCGAAUCACAGCUGAAGAUCCUCAUCCGCCCCAUGUACUCCAACCCACCCCUGAACGGAGCCCGCAUUGCCUCUAUCAUCCUGAACACCCCUGACCUUCGGAAGGAGUGGCUCGUGGAGGUGAAGGGCAUGGCCGACCGGAUCAUCAGCAUGCGGACUCAGCUGGUGUCCAACCUCAAGAAAGAGGGAUCCUCCCACAACUGGCAGCACAUCACUGACCAGAUCGGCAUGUUCUGUUUCACGGGACUGAAGCCUGAGCAGGUGGAGCGGCUGAUCAAGGAGUUCUCCAUCUAUAUGACAAAGGACGGACGAAUCUCUGUGGCAGGAGUUACAUCAGGCAAUGUAGGUUACCUGGCUCAUGCCAUCCAUCAAGUCACAAAGUAAAGAGAAAGGUGUGCUCUGGAGCCGGUGGCCUUCCCUUCCCCACUGGUUGAAGAUGGGGAGGGAAGGGAAACAAGCAGAAUACUUCCAACCACAGCACUUGACACUGCUGCUGAAUGUAUCUUGUAGAUGAGUUGUAGAAGCCUAGUCAAAACCACCCUGCGUUAUGGAGCAGGGACAUCAUUGUUGCCUCCCGCUCAUCACAGCCGUUCUCCCCUGCUAUCCAUCCUCUGUCCAUCAGCCCCAGCACCCAUCUGCACUGGAGGAAGCAAAUGCUUAGCACUGCCAUCCUACCGGCAUAGGCACCAAAGGCUUCCCCAUGCUCGUUUCUCCAUGACAAGGCUUUGUGAGGCUGUUGGCCGCUGGCCCAAGCGGCAGUGGGCAGGGAGCUGGGUGGGCUGAGUGGGAGAGCUGCUCAGGUGCGACCCUGCCACCCCCUCAGCGGUCCCUGCUGCCAGCAUGCUCCAUCCUCCUUCAUCCUCCUAGCCUGGGGCUGGGCAGCACCAAA